CGUCUGUCCGUUAGUACGGUACGCGGGCACUCCUCGAUAUUCGUGCUGCAUUUGGCCCAAGCAUCAUCUCGAGAAGAGCAACAGUUAUGCCCUCAGAUCAUCGCGUCAUUGGCUGACACGGUCUAAUAUCAAACUUCGUCACGCGUCUAUACGCGUACGUAUGGCGUAUGGCUUGUUCUAUGGUAUGGCAUCGCGGGACAUUGUUCUUUGCUUCUUCCUCGCCGCCUUCCUGUAUUCAAGUUUCGGUCAAGCGAUGCCAAAGUCCGAGGUCCAGCCCGAAUUUCUAGCACUUCUGGAGAACCAUACGGUCACUCAAGGUCGUGACGUCUCCUUCACCUGCGUCGUUAAUCAUCUUCAAUCUUACAAGGUUGCCUGGAUAAAGUCGGACUCCAAAGCAAUUCUGGCCAUUCAUACACACAUGGUCGCUCAUAACCCACGCCUGUCUGUCACUCAUAACGGACAUAACACGUGGAAACUGCACGUGACCAACGUUCAACCGAACGAUUCUGGCACGUACAUGUGUCAAGUUAAUACGGAUCCUAUGAGGAGUCAGACGGGACAUAUGAAGGUAGUGAUACCGCCCGAUAUCAUGGAUUUGGACGACUCGGCUGAUCUAACGGCUAAAGAGAACAGUGAUCUGCGAUUACGAUGUCGAGCCACAGGGACACCGAAACCUACGGUCACUUGGCGGCGAGAAGACGGCCGAAAUAUCACCCUUCGAACGGAGCAUGGUGUCCAAAGAGUGAAAUCGUACGAAGGGGAAGAGCUUCACCUAAGGGGUAUUCUACGACAGGAGAUGGGGUCGUACCUAUGCAUCGCGUCAAAUGGUGUACCACCGACGGUCAGCAAAAGAUAUUACGUGAACGUUCGUUGUAAGUGGCGGAGUCGCUCUUCAAAAUUUCCCGAACAAACUUACAUAAUUAAUAAUAGUUUUCUCGGCGCAGUUAAACCGCUGAUUAAAGUGUCCAACGAAUUAGUAGCAGCCCCGGCUAACAGCGACGUCGUUCUUCAUUGUUACGUCGAGUCAUCGCCGAAAGCAUUGAACACAUGGUACAGAGAGGACGGUAUAAAAUUAUUGCCGGACGAGAAACACAAUCUGUCGGAGGUCACGUUGAACGACUACGCGUAUCAAUUAAAUUUCACUAUCAAGAGAUUGAACAGGGACGACUUUGGAAGCUACACGUGUUCCGCGGAAAAUCUACUCGGCAAGGCUGACGGGACGAUAAGACUUCAAGAGUCACAUUUAACGAGGACCACUUCGGUACCGAUACGUAACACGGAAUUCAUCGGUAAACACGGGCCGAAAAAGCAGACCGAUAGGAAAGGGAAGCUCCAUUUGUUCGGCCGAGAAGGAGCUGGUUCGUUGUCGAAAAAUAGUGGAAAUAUAGGUCAUACAACGCCUAUGCUCCGAAGGAACAGUUCGAACGCUUUGACGGACAGCAACGCGAAAAAAUCGAAAGUUUCAUCAUAUCCGGCACCCGCACCUGCGCCAGCGAAUUUUGCACCGACACAACUGAACGUCCAGAACAGCGUCACAUCCUCGCGACACUCGCGAUUAAACUGCGUAGGAUUAAUGCUCGCUUUCAUAGUGAUAGUGAUCUGUAGCUCGUAAAGCUUCACCGUUUCGUAUGUACGGAAGAGUACAAAUCACCCUUUUUUCCCACCCCCUCUCGCGUCUAGGAUACACGGAAGCUCCUAUCGCGUGUACACUACCUACGAAAGCUACUCUUACGUACGAACAAACUACCUUCGAGAGAGUUAUACUUGUGUUCAAAUUACACCAUAGUUUCCCAACCGAGGUAAACCGACGGGGUGCUGUUAGCCUUAGAUAGAGUUUCAAUUAAUUUUUCAAGUAAAAUUACAUUGAAACUUUUACACUUAAGUAUUUUACUUUCUUUAUUUUCAAUAUCACGUUUUAAAGUUACGAAAUUACACGCACAAUUACACUUGCAAAUUUUAGUAGUAGCAGGCGCUGCACCCGAGGGGCGUGGUGAGCUAAAAAGGGUUGGAAAACUAUGGGCUACGGCUAUGCUCACAAAAGUUACCAUUGUGUUCAUUAUAUCCUCUGUACAGUUACCUUUAUACUAAGUUUGAAAAAAUGACCCUUUAAUCAGAGUUCACUUUGACCGAUUUAUUAGAAUGAAAAAGCUCGGUAAAAUCCGAGGAGGAUUCCUACUCCAUCCAACGGGACCGAGACAGUAAAUGCGUACAAAUUCACGGCUUACAAACCUCGACCGAAACGUUUGAAGAACUGGAAACAACUGAGCUUUGGCCCUGCAUCGAGCGCAUGAAUUUCCAAACAUAUCCUGACUCGUCCCGAUGGACGGAUUAUAGUGAUUUGCAAGAGGAAGGUCAAUGAACAUCAUCGACUUCGGACGAUAGAUGCGCGACACAUGAUCAUUCUACGGUGUAAAUAACGAACUGUUUCUAUGACAAUAACUGUAGCUGUAUACGAUGAAAUCGGUAGAAGAACGCUAUUGAUCACCGAUCGACCCGAUAACCGUCGUAAUUAGCCAAAGUUCUCAUGAAAGUUCGUUUCUUCCUAAACACGGAUGUACAGUUAUUUUCGAAAGAACUGAACUGUUGUGAGUUAUUUAGUGCGGGUGCAUGUUGAAACGAACUUCUGAGGCAAUCGCGAUAAAAAAUGAUAUUGAUUUAUUGUUGAUUUUCAGAGCGAUCAAACCGAUAGGCGAUUUUACACGGCCGAUCUAUCGACGUUUGUUAAACGUUCUCGACAACAUACAUGGAUGUAUUAUUUAUUGAUGUUAACGUCUCGGUUGUGUAUUCGUGUAUAUAAUCUAAGACAAUAAACGUUGUUUUUACCAUAA